AUGAAGAUUGGAAUUGCUGCUCUCAUUGCAGGAAUUAUUGGUGCUAUUGGCAUAAUUCUGUUUCUGGUAGCAUUUGGAACAGAAUAUUGGCUACUUGCAACAGAGACCUGUGAAAGUUUUGAUUCUAACAAUGGAACUUUGGACAAUGAAGAAGAGAAUGAUGAAGAUAUAAGGGACUAUGAGGUAAUGUCUGUUAUAUACCAUCAUGAAGGCUUCUUCUGGCGUUGUUGGUUUUUCGGAGAUGAUCCACAAACUUCAGUCUGGAGAUACUGGUUUAUGAACCAGCCUCACCCCAAGCGCUGUAUUCCUGGAUAUCUCUUUCCUAUGCCAAUUGCUGUUGGGCCUUUCCCACAUCCUUCUUUUGAUGCAACUACAGUGUACAGAGGCUUCUGGACGAUUUUUAUUAUACUGGGUAUUGGUUCUGGUCUGGCUGGAGGAUUUCUGCUGGUGUGUGGUAUGCCCUUUGCCAAUGCUGGAUGUUACAAAGUUGGAGGUGGCUUUCUGAUGAUAUCAGAGUCCGGUUUCCCACCUGAGAGCCGCCGCUGUGGGGCCCAGGGUGCCAGGGCGCGGGUGUCUGUGCUGCCACCAGGAGCCGGCGCCGAGCCCGAGAUGGAAUAA